AUGCCUCACUUCAAAUUAGAAUCAUAUUAUUCAUCAUCCUGGGUUCCACGCCCGAUCGACCGGAUUCGAUUCAGAUGCAGCACAUAUCAGAUCCCUCUUCUGGACACUAAUAAUGCAGAAACUGUCCAAUUGGAUUCGUCCGUGCCAGAGGAUGCAGACCUCCCACCGCCUCUCAACCUUGAACUUCAACAGAACUUAGGGUCUAGACUAUUACAACUCCCGCCAGAGCUAUUGAUCCAUAUCAUGAUCUUUCUGUCACAUAGUUCUCUCUACAUGGUUCGCCAAACCUGCCAGACCUUUCAUGAAUUGACGAACGAUAUUGAGUUUGAGGAUUUUCAGCAGGACAUUCUGCACUUCAAAAAGGAGACUUGGCGCAUUACUCCAUAUUUAUGCGACCAGCUUCGGCUUAUCAAGCGGAUCUUCCUGCAGAGGUCACUAUGUGAACCUUGCGGCAAGCUCUUUGACUCGGGUGAGCUGGAAAACAGAUUACGGAGACUCUGGCAACCUAUCCGUUGCGCUGGAUGCAAUAAAAAUUACCCGGAACUUCUUUUCCCCCAAGGCAAGGAAAAAUGCAAUACUUGUGUGGGGUUUCUGGGCCACUUUGCCCUUUGCAAGCAUAUCAAUGUCUCAGCUAAGCUGCAACCAAACAGCAAGCACGAAAUCGGUAUCGUGUGUACACAUUCCGAGCACUACGCCGCGAGUAGCAAAGAUACUGAGGCAUCGUCAGCCGUCACGGGGUGUCACCCGGUCAUUCGGACUUCACGCCUAGAAGGCAUAUACGCGAUCGACUACUAUAGAUCUUUCCCAAUGGUCAAGAUCAAUCAACGACAAUUCCCGGGAAUGCCAGCACUGCAGGCGUAUCUGUUGAAGCGACUGAAGGGAAAGGGCGUUGAAGGGCUCUGCCAACAUGCUUCAACACAGAUCGAUGCCAUCGUCUCGUGCAUGAUAUCAGAUGAGUGCAAUUGCUUUCCCGCCUCUGGGACACCCGUUCACAAACUCGAGGCUCCAUAUGGUCUAAAGGCACGGUGUCCAAACCACGGUUACAAUUGCCGCCAUUGCGGAGCACGUUACUUUUGGUUCUACGAAGGUGAUUGCAUUGCUCUUAGGCUUGUGAUGCUCUCAAGGAACACCGGUCCAGAUAGCUUUGGGUGGCUUUCCAAUCUCACGUUUGAUACAGUCGAGCACCCAAUCUUCAACGACAACACCAAAAGUGUGCUCUGGUGCGAUGAUCCGUCAUGCGGCACGGGCAGCGGAAAUCGCUGGCUUUUUAUGGUGGAAAUACUAAAAAGGACUUCACUUCGACGUUACGGAGGGUAUCACCAAGUUCCUCCGCGGGACAGAUACUCUGCGCUGAGCUUGCCAUUCACACUGGAAUAUCAAGUGUUCCAAGAUGCUGCGGAGUGGCCGACUGAACCAAACAUGCUAUCCCUAGACCUUCUUUUUCCAAUAGCCACUGCACUUGGUGUGCCCUCUGGUGUGAAUAGAGGCGCAUAG